AUGACUGCAUCGAUUGUGCCGCCUCAGCCGCCGCCGAGCGAGCGCGACCUGCUCAUUCCAGUGGCCGGAUACACUUGCUACAACAAUGCUUUUAUCAAGGCGUCGGAGCACGACGAGCCGACCAGCAGCUUCAGCUGGCGUACGUUGUGGGCGUACGCGGGCCCGGGCUGGCUCAUGAGCAUCGCGUACGUGGAUCCGGGGAACCUCGAGAGCGACCUGCAGGCCGCGUACGCUGGAUGCCAGCUCACUUGGGUGCUGUUUGGUGCAACAGCCAUGGGCUUCUUUCUACAAGUUCUGGCUGCGAGACUGGGAGUGGUCACGGGCAAGAACUUGGCGGAGGUGUGCACGGACGUGUAUCCCCGAUGGGCGUCGCUGACGCUGUGGAUCAUGGCGGAAAUCGCGAUCGUGGGCAGCGAUAUCCAGGAAGUGCUGGGAUCGUCCAUCGCGUUCCAAGUUCUGUUUGGCUUCCCUCUCUGGAUUGGUUGUCUCAUCACGGGCUUCGACACGUUCACGUUCCUGCUGCUGCACCGCUACGGCAUCCGCAAGCUCGAGGCGUUCUUCGCAUCGCUCAUUGUGAUCAUGUUGGUGUGCUUUUGCGCCAACUUGGUGCGCGGGGAUGUUGCGUCCGCGGACGUUGCGCGUGGCUUCGUACCUCGCGUGAAGAGUUAUGCGGUGACGCAGGCUGUGGGGAUCGUGGGCGCGGUCAUUAUGCCGCACAAUAUCUUCUUGCACUGGGCACUCGUGCAAUCCCGACAAGUAAAUCGACACGACGUGCGCAAGGUUCGAGAGGCCAACAAGUAUUUCGCCAUCGAGUCGGCCAUCGCGCUGUUCGUGUCGUUCCUGAUCAACCUGGCGGUGCUGGCUGUCUUUGCCAAGGGUUUCUUCUCCUCGGACUGCUCGGCGACGUUCGAGGCCGAUGGACUUAACACUGCUUGUGUUCCUGGUGCCGCUGCUGACGGGGACGUGUAUGGUGCCUGUCGCCUUGCAAACGGUGGAGAGGGAAUGUGCCAAGAGAUCGGCUUAUCCCAGGCUGGCGUGGCGCUCAGUGGUAUGCUGGGUGAGUACUCGGACGUCAUCUGGGCUAUCGGCCUGCUGGCGGCUGGCCAGAGCUCCACAAUGACGGGCACGUACGCGGGGCAGUUCGUCAUGGAGGGCUUCUUGAACCUGCACAUCGCGCCGUGGAAGCGCGGGGCGCUGACGCGCUGUGUAUCGCUGGUUCCAGCCAUGGCGGUGGCAAUCCUCAGCCAGCGCAACCCGGGCGACAGCGACACCAUGGACGAGAUGCUGAACGUGUUGCAGUCCAUUCAGCUGCCGUUCGCGCUGCUCCCCAUCCUGAUCUUUACGAGCUCGCCGGGCAUCAUGGGCGACUUUGUCAACAGCAAGGCGACAGUCGUGGGUGGGUGGCUGCUGGGCGGGCUGGUCUGCAUCAUCAACUUGUACUUGGUUUUCACGAACCUGGAAGGCUUGUCCUUGGGCUCGACUGGGCUGGGUAUGCUGCUCGGUGCAUGCUGCUUGUAUUUCGGGUUCUUGGCGUAUUUGAUGCGAAUGGCCACGGGUGGAGCUAGCCUACAACCCCGAAAACUAACGAGCUGGUACCAUGCCCCGCAAGGCGCGUGA